AAGGUGAUUAUUCCCGGUUAAUGCGGGUGGUUGAUUGUCUUUGCUCAAGAGACGAGUCUGUCCCCUUCUCGAGUUUUGUGAUUAAGCAUCGUUAUUACCAGUACCAUCUUCUCGCAGCGUAUUUAGUACUAUUUACGGAUGCAUAGUUUUUUACUUUAUGUUAACAAAUGAUACAUCGAUGCGUUUACGUCAUUUUUACGUCAAACAGGAAAAUAAUAUAAUUGCUGAAUUUUUAACUAAAAUCAAAAUUUCUAAUUGUCAAAUCAUUGCAAAAAUCAUGGCUGACGAAAGUACCAUUAUUAAAUUUACAGAUUACAUCUAACUUGAGACUGCAGAGGAAGAUCUUGUGACAAAAUGUUCGCUGCGUCAAAUAUGAUCCAGGGAGUAAAAGCAGUGAUCGAAAGCGAAGGUCUUCGGCUUGUUCCUGCAACAAUAAUAUGGAAGUUCGUCGUUAUGGAAUCUACGGGCCCACAAGGCCCAUUUCAUAUACAUCACUGUGCCAGCAGUCGGAGAACGGGUUGUAACAUUGCGGACCCGCAGUCGUCGGCGUUCCGUUCGCCAGCCGUCAUCGGAUCUACUCUUCUAUCGGUCCCUUUGCCAUCUCGCUCAAGGAUGUGCAUCUCAGUGUAAAAAUUCGUCAACCACAGAAUCGAAAUAUACCUGUGUCGUGCGUCGGACUCCUCUCGAAGGAAUUAUUUUUGCCGCGGCGAUCGGGGUCCGGUGAUAGCGGUCCCCGAAACCGCGAUGUCUUUACACACCGCGGUGGUCACGAAUCUGACUUGAGAGCGUGAAGAAAAUCGAUUAUCGGUUGUUUUAUUACCAGUGUUCUAAAAAAUGGAUUGCUGCUUGAUAAAAAUAUUAAUCUCUUAAUAAUAAUAACUGGAUCGGUUAAUUAGCAAAAUAUUAAAAUACUGUUAUUUAUUAAUAUUGUUAUUAUUAUUUAUUAUUUGCGAAUCGGGAGAAAAUUACCGCUAGUCGUCAUCGCGAAUCUCGGGAGAGGUUAUAUACGGUGUGUGCGCAAUGUCGAGAAUUCGAGUGACAUUCUCGCAUCUCCGAUUUCUGAAUUCAUCCCUUCGCUUCUGACGAUCGAUUGGAGGAUCGAAUUGAAACAGAAAUACGAGAAUAAAUAUUAAAUCGACACCGAGGAAUGCGUGAAAGCUCGCUGGAUCAGUGAAAGCGCAGUGGUAUAUAUCGCAGAAGCUGAGGAGUAGAAAAGAUGCGAAGAGAGGAACCGAAGCUCGACGGGGAAAACAUUAACAAUGAUGAGCGUCGCAUUUGUAGUUGAAAAACAAUCACCAACACCAUCAACAUCAUACUGAAUAAUCUGUUUCUGUGCGUCGAUAUUGAACUGAAUAUCUUCAGAUUACUCGUGUCUAAUUAUUGAUAAAUAUUGAUUUUAUUUGAGGCACGGAGAGAUUGACUGGAUGGUGUAUUUAAGAUUAAUGAAGUGUGUAAAUACUGAGUGACCUGUGAGAUCGCGAGUCGAUGCGGACCGGAUGAGAUGUGUCGAAUGGAGUAACGCUGGGAUUUCUCGCAGAUCAUCGUCAUCGUGGAUCAUCGAUGUAGCGCGAUGUCGACUUGGUGGUCUGUCGUGGCGAUGGCGCUGUGCCUUUGGAUGAGCGCUGACUGUCAGUUCAGCGACAAUACACCGCCCAUAAUGUGGCUGGAUCGGAAUUGGGUGCUUCCGGACACCGAGCCCGUAGGAAGCAUUGUUACCAGGGUUCGUGCCGAGGAUAACGAACAGGACACGUUGAGUUACGGACUGGAACCAGGACAACCGCUUGGACACAAUUACAAUGGGGACGAUAGUCCUCAGCCACCGUUACCCUUCUUCAUCGACAACAGUACAGGCACCGUCGUCCUCAACGAGACUCUCAAAGGAAGAGGAGGCCAGAACCUGUUCCUCUACGUGACCGUUUCUGACGGUCAGCUCACGGCGAAGACCGAGGUCUACGUCAACAUCAAGAACACGUCGGCACCGAAUCAGGGGAAAACAAGGACACCAUUUCCAAGUCAACAUGGCUCCGGCGGCCGGAUACGACCUCCCCUGCUCGGUCUGCCAAAUCUGCCGAAUUUUCCUUCGCCCUUACCUCCUUUACCUCCCAAACAGUAUUAUCCCGAAACUACGAAACUGGAGCUGGAGAGGACGAAACCUAAAGAAAAUGACAACAACGUCGGCACCGGCACAGUCAGCACCGCGACAGAAGAGAGCGUCCACGUGAACGAGGUGGAGGGUCCUGCGUUGAGCUCGAAAGUCGCACCCUCCGCCGUGCCACCCUCGCAGGACAUGGCGAUGACUCUGGUGCCAGUGGCAGCUGGGUGCGCCCUCAUCGUUGGCCUCGGCAUGGGCGCUUGGUCACUGAGAAACAGAUUCUGCAGCAGCCGCAAAUCCAAGGCAGACACGAAAGAGCAGGCGUCAGUCAGCGUGUCUAAUCUGUCCGACGAUCCUUCUCUCGUGCUGAAGAGGUGGCGCAGUCCAAAAGCUCACAGCAAUCGCUAUCAGCCGUGGGAGAAAGAAUCGCAAGCAGGCAUUCAGAAACAGGAGGAUAAGUGGGAGUUUCCCAGGCAUAGAUUGAAGGUCUUCAACAUCCUCGGCGAGGGUUGCUUCGGGCAGGUGUGGAAGUGCGAGGCCCUGGACAUCGACGGCAAGUCCGGCGCCACGAUCGUGGCGGUGAAGACUCUGAAAGAGAAUGCUACCGAACGAGAGCGGCUGGACCUCGCGCAGGAGUUGCGCGUCAUGAAGAGCUUGGAUCCUCAUCCCAAUGUCGUGCGGCUUCUGGGAUGCUGCACCGAGCGCGAACCCAUGUUCGUCAUUCUGGAGUACGUGAGCGGUGGCAAGCUGCAGAGCUUUCUCCGGGCUUCCAGAGAAGAGAGGAAUCACGGAGGAGCGGGAUUGACUUCCAGAGAUCUCACCGGAUUUGUGUAUCAGAUCGCCAAAGGCAUGGAGUAUCUGGCGUCGAAGGGUAUCAUUCACAGAGAUCUGGCAGCCAGGAACAUUCUGAUAGACGAGAAUCGCGCGUGCAAGGUCGCGGACUUCGGCUUCGCCAGAGAUGUGGCGGCUAGUCAAAUUUACGAGAGAAAAUCGGAGGGUAGAUUGCCGAUCAGAUGGAUGGCGCCCGAGAGUUUGUACGACAAUAUAUUUUCCGUCAAGUCCGACAUCUGGAGCUUCGGCGUCUUGAUCUGGGAGAUCGUAACGUUAGGAUCGACGCCGUAUCCCGGACUCGCUGCUGCAGAGGUGAUGCGACGAAUCAAAGAGGGCUAUCGAUUGGACAGGCCUGAGCAUUGUAAGAGAGAACUCUACAAUAUUAUGUAUUAUUGUUGGGACAAGGAUCCGGCAUGUAGGCCGUCCUUCGCCGAGCUCGUUAACUUGACCGAAGGCCUGCUGCUCGACGAAACGGACUAUAUCGAGCUUGACAGGUUUCCGGAUCACUCAUAUUACAACUGGUGUGAUGCACUUGAGGAAUUGCUUCAGUGUCCUGUAUGCUUGGAUACAACACAGGGGAUAAAAUAUCAAUGUAUAAAUGGACAUCAUAUAUGUUCUCAAUGUAAGAUGCAAUUGCAGAUAUGUCCUGUGUGCAAAUCCAAUUUUAUUACUACAAGAAAUCUAGCAGUGGAACAAAUUACAGCCAAGCUACAAGAUAUAAAGCUGUCCUUGCUGCAUCCAUAUCAUGCAAUAAAUAGAAGAGUUCUGAAAGACAAGAUUUGUGCAGCGACUCAAACUGAUGAUACUUACAUGCCUUCCACAUCUUCUGGAUGUCAAACUGAGCCUUUAAAUCUAAUGAAACCGAAAAAAAAUGAAGAAAGGCUAGCGAUAAGCUUGGCACCUAGAGUAGGAAAAGGAUUGUAUCCAUGCAAAAUUGGCUCCUGUAUUAUGGAGCUACCGCAUGGAAGAAUCAUUGGUCACUUGAGAUAUCAUCAUAAAGAGAUGUUUUAUGAGUGUAAUACAAAAGAUGGUAUGUUUCAAAAGACAUGGAACUUGGAGUAUGUUUUGAAUCGAGAUUACGAUUAUGCCUUUCAUAUCAAAGACAUGGGUUUGUUCUUUUUGAAUAUUUCCAUCAAUUCAGUGGGCGGUUUAGAAGGUUCUGUACAAAUCGUCAAUUGCACCGCUGUGGGCAAGCAGUUCACGUACACAUUAGAGAUACUUCACGUAUACAAUAAAUACCAAAAUGUUCAUUACACUGGCCCGGUAAAAUCAUGCAGAGUACGAAGAGACUGUCUUGGUAAUGAAUGUUUGCGCAUACAUGAGAACAAUAUGCGCUUCAUAGUGGACAUAAGAAACAAUAACUUCUUUCGCUGCAACCUGAUCAUAAAACGCAGGGUUGAUUACAGAGCAAUCGCCGCACAAGACAAUCAGGUGCCUGUACCUAUUGAAGAUCUUGAAGACUUACUUAAUUAAAGAAGCGAUUACGUUAUAGUGAGUUAUUAGAGCCCUGAUGAAUAACAUGGCAUGGCGAUUGACUACUCGCUAAGCGCCACUGAAUAUCGAGCAAGAGGUAGCAAUAGAAUUAAGAAAAUUGUAAUUCGCCAUUGCUGUCUCUUGCUUAGUAUUGAAUAACGUUCCAAACAGUCAAGUCUAGUGCCGUGAGACGACAUUCAUCCGGGCUCUAAAUGUAUUAAAAAAAAAAAAAAGGUACAUAUGCAUGGAUCUUCGGAUUCAAUGGCAAAACUAUGUACUUUAUUGACUGUUCAUAUAAUUUAAGUUCCUACCUUUUAAUUAUUUAACAUAAAAUAAUAUUUUAAGAAUUUGUUGAAAUAUGCAUGUAUCUUUAGACCAUUUUCAUGACUCGCAAUACAAUGCUGCCUAAUUGAAGACAAAUUAGAUGGAUAAAGCUUGAAGAAUUUUGAUUUUAUUGCGGAUUGCAGACAGAUGCAAUUAGAUGCAAAUAGUCCACGGAUUCAAUUGUAUUUAGUUUACAGCCACAAUUAGGUAGUUCUGUGUUGAAAAGGAAGGCAAAAGAAAACAUUAAUCGCCUGUAUAUUUUUAUCCGGAACAUUUUCUAUAUAUUCUCUCAGUAAAAUAUAAUAUCUUGAUGCGGAAUGAGAAAUUUUUUAAGAACUCCAUCGCGACGAAAUGAAGCAAUCGCUUCGUGAUAUACAUGUAUUUUAGUCACAUGUGUGAUACAACUUACAUGUAAUAUUAUGGAAAGAAAAUCUCUGUUAAUGAAAUAUUUUUGUAAGUGAAAUAAAGUCAUUAUGUUAAAAAAAAAAAAAAAA